GUGUGUGAGAUUGCUCACACUCCUCCAUCUGUGAGUGCGGAAUCUCGCCGUAUCCUCUGAAGACCUUGGGGAGGCCGACACCACGGACUAUCUACAAACCAUCAAACGAUGGAAAAGUAAAGUUAUUUUGCGAACACGGCGGCUCGAAGUUGUAACUUUUGAGUGAAUUUUCGACUGAAGUGGCGAUUGGGGUAAAAAGUUUUUUCCUCUACCUUCUUUUCGCAUGGCCACAAACAAAAACCACACGGGUGGGAUUUUCAGAAGAAAAACAGACAACACAGACUUUAAUUUGUUGAUACAGUAAGUCUGAAACGUUGUUACUUGGACGAAAUCUUAACGCGAUCUUCAGGACAAGCACGCGCCUCCGUUGAGUAUUUUCACCGAUUUCAAACGAGUUCUCGGCCAAUCGAAAACCCUCCAGUAAAUUCCGAGUGGUACUUUUAAAACCCUCUAAAACCAAAGAGACCAGAAAGACGGCAAAGGGAGAAGUGUGGAGAUUCAUCCUGUGACUAAACAUCGGGAACGAGUUUUUACGAACUUCUGCUAAAUCUUAUUUGGGAUCGACUGUUUUCAGAAAGGAACAGAGCUGAUGUCCUAGCUGUGUUUAUGGAGAGCUGCGCUGGGUGAACAGUUCAGAUGUAGAGGACCCUUGAUGAUGAUGAUGAUGAUGAUGAUGAAGACUAUGUUGCUGCUGAUUUCAGUACUCCUAACUCAGGCUCUUCAGUCCCAGGGCAGACCCACCACCCAAGAUGAGGCAGUAGCCUCAGUCGAGCCUACGCCAUUCACUCUGUAUCCGGGGGAAAAAAUGGAGCUUAGCUGUAAAGGUAAAGAGGAGACACAUGAGGUGACCUGGACUAAGGACAGUGUUCCAUUGGUUGAUGGAGAACACAUGCACCUGCGGAACGAACAGCUGGAGAUCGAAACUGUGGAACCAGCCGACUCUGGUCUUUAUGCUUGCUUUGCUCAGGGCCCCAACAGCAACCACACAGACUACUUCAACGUUAAUGUUACAGAAGGAUUGGCUUCCUCAGAAGAUGACGACGAUGAAGAAUCUUCCUCCGAGGAGGCUAAGCUAUCAAGUAGCCAGAAACUGCUUCCGAUGGCGCCAGUGUGGGCUCAGCCUGAUAAGAUGGAGAAGAAGCUCCACGCGGUUCCCGCCAGCAAAACUGUCAAGUUCCGUUGCCAGGCCAACGGUAACCCUACCCCAACCCUCAAGUGGCUCAAAAACGGCAAGGAGUUUAAGAGAGACCAGCGAAUAGGAGGAUUCAAGGUUCGAGAGCACAUGUGGACCAUAAUAAUGGAGUCAGUGGUGCCAUCAGACAAAGGCAACUACACCUGUCUGGUGGAGAACAAAUACGGCAGCAUCAACCACACCUACCAACUGGACGUAGUCGAGCGUUCUCCGCACAGGCCAAUCCUUCAGGCUGGGUUGCCUGCUAACCGUACAGCAGUAGUGGGAAGUGACGUGGAGUUUGAAUGUAAAGUCUUCAGUGAUCCUCAGCCUCAUAUCCAGUGGCUGAAACACAUCGAGGUGAAUGGCAGUAGAGAUGGCCCUGAUGGACUGCCUUAUGUCCGGAUUUUGAAGCACUCUGGUGUCAACAGUUCGGACACACAGGUCUUGACGCUGUACAACGUGACUGAAGAAGAAAGUGGAGAGUAUAUUUGUAGAGUGUCCAAUUAUAUAGGCCAGGCCAACCAAUCAGCAUGGCUCACCGUCAUUAAACACCCCUUCCAAGCCGUUCCCCCAACUCAGCUACCCAACCAGACAUACCUGGAGGUGCUAAUCUAUUGUGUGGGAUUCUUCCUCAUCUGUGUGAUGGUGGUGACUGCCGUACUGGCCAAAAUGCACAGCUCGACCAAGAAAAGCGACUUCAACAGCCAGCUGGCUGUCCACAAGCUGGCCAAGAGCAUCCCGCUGCGCAGACAGGUGUCUGUGCACUCCAGCUCUUCAAUGCACUCAAGGGGAAAACUGGUCCGCACCUCCCGUCUCUCCUCCAGUGGCUCUCCAAUGCUCUCAGGGGUCUCUGAAUAUGAACUGCCCCAGGACCCUCGCUGGGAGGUACCCAGAGACAGGCUGGUUCUUGGGAAGCCACUUGGAGAGGGUUGCUUUGGGCAGGUGGUGAUGGCCGAGGCUGUGGGCAUGGACAAAGACAAACCCAAUCGUGUCACCAAGGUUGCUGUCAAGAUGCUUAAAUCCGACGCCACAGAGAAGGACCUGUCAGACCUCAUCUCAGAGAUGGAAAUGAUGAAGAUUAUUGGCAAACACAAGAACAUCAUCAACUUGCUAGGAGCCUGCACACAAGACGGUCCGCUCUACGUCAUUGUUGAGUUUGCAGCAAAGGGUAAUCUGCGAGAAUACCUGCGUGCACGUCGUCCUCCCGGUAUGGAGUACUGCUACAACCCUGACCAGGUGCCUGUGGAGAAUAUGUCAGUCAAAGAUCUAGUCUCCUGCGCCUACCAGGUGGCACGUGGCAUGGAAUACCUUGCAUCCAAGAAGUGUAUUCAUAGAGACUUGGCUGCCCGAAAUGUCCUGGUAACUGAAGAUAACGUUAUGAAGAUAGCAGACUUUGGCCUGGCCAGAGACAUCCAUCAUAUUGAUUACUACAAGAAGACCACCAAUGGCCGUUUACCAGUGAAAUGGAUGGCACCUGAAGCUCUGUUCGACCGCAUUUACACCCACCAGAGUGAUGUGUGGUCUUUUGGGGUGUUGCUUUGGGAGAUCUUUACUCUUGGUGGCUCACCGUACCCAGGUGUUCCUGUAGAGGAACUCUUUAAACUGCUAAAGGAAGGCCACCGCAUGGACCGCCCCUCCACAUGUACCCACGAACUGUAUAUGAUGAUGAGAGAUUGUUGGCAUGCUGUUCCAUCUCAAAGACCAACUUUCAAACAGCUGGUGGAAGAUCUAGACCGCACUGUCUCUGUGACAUCCAAUCAGGAGUAUCUGGACCUGUCGAUGUCUCUGGACCAAUUUUCCCCAAAUUUCCCAGACACACGCAGCUCUACCUGCUCUUCUGGUGAAGACUCUGUGUUCUCCCAUGACGCCGGUGCUGAUGAACCCUGCCUGCCCAAAUUCCCCCUGCACCCCAACCGAGGAGUGCCGUUUAAAAAGCGCUGAGCUCCCUUUACCCAUAACUCUACAGUUUGCUACCUGGCUGGACUCAACCCCUGAACUCUAGAAGAUGACACUUUGCCACACAGCACACUACAGAGUUGCCAAAAGACAAACUGCUUGGGAUGGUUGGACUAUACAGCUAGUUUUAUACAGCUGGAAGAGAACAACCUGGUCACUUACUGAGGGCACUUGAGCAAAGAAUGGUAGUGUGUGCAUUUCUGAAGACUUUUCAAUAUGAAAUAUCUGAAAUAUCUUCCUUUAUCAUGUAGAGAAAACCUUAAAGUGACAUCGAGGGAGAGAUGGUCAGAUGUUAGAGGAGUGUUUGAACGUUUUCUAUUGAUGUUUAAUAAUGACCUUUCUGUUGUUGCUCAGAAUUCUUAGAAAAUGUAAAUUCAGCAAAUUCUUAAGAAAAUAUAUUCCACUAAAAGGUCUGUCCAAUUGUAUUUUAACUUCGGGCAAACAGUUUAUCUGACUGAUAGCUUUCCUUGUAAAUACAGCUAGAAAUGUAUAAAUAUGAAUAUAUAUUUACACUCUACCCUUAUUUUUAUUACACUAUUUGAAUUUUGUUGCUUUUUUGUACCAGGGUUUGCAUAUGUAGACAUUUUUGAAGUGUAGCUUUUUUGAAAGAGACUGUAAAAUGUCCAUGAGAAUUGUGGAUUAUAUUAUUAAGAGCUGAUAGAUGGCCAGUUUUGUUACUAAAUGUCCUUUUUUUUUUUUUUUUUUUUUUUUUUUUUUUAAGCCUGGUAGAAGUAGCUCAUAACUGCUGCAGUGUCCUAAAUGGUACUCAGUGCAAUGUCAGAUUUAAGCUAUAUAAAGUAUGUAUGUGUAUGUGUGUGUGUGUGUGUGUGUAAUAUAUAUAUAUAUAUAUAUAUAUACACAGUUGUGCUCAAAAGUUUGCAUACCCUUGGAGAAUUGGUAAUAUAUGUACCAUUUGUACCAUUCAUUUCUUUUAUUUCUUAUGGGAUUCAUAUUCAACUGUAGGUUAUAACAGAAUGGCACAAUCAUAAAACAAAACAUGGCAACAAAGGAAAAAAAUGAAAUGACCCCUGUUCAAAAGUCUGCAUACCCUUAGUUCUUAAUACUGUGUUUUGCCCUCUUUAGCAUCAAUGACAGCGUGCAGUUUUUUGUAAUAGUUGUCUAUGAGGCUCCAAAUUGUUGCAGGUGGUAUAGCUGCCCAUUCGUCUUGGGAAAAUGCCUCCAGGUCAUGCAAAGUCUUUGGUCGUCUUGCAUGAUCCGCACGUUUGAGAUCUCCCCAGAGUGGCUUGAUGAUAUUAAGGUCAGGAGACUGUGAUGGCCUCUCCAGAACCUUCACCUUUUUCUGCUGUAACCACUGGAGGGUCAACUUGGUCUUGUGCUUAGGGUCAUUGUCAUGCUGGAAAGUCCAAGAGCGUUCCAUGCGUAACUUUCGUGCAGAAGAAUACAAAUUGUCUGCCAGUAUUUUCUGAUAACAUGCUGCAUUCAUCUUGCCAUCAAUUUUCUCAAGAUUCCCCGUGCCUUUAGAGCUCAACCCCCACCACCCCCCCACCCAAAAAAAAAACAUCAGUGAGCCACCACCAUGCUUCACAGUGGGGAUGGUAUUCUUUGCACUAUAGGCCUUGUUGACCCCUCUCCAAACAUAGCGCUUAUGGUUGUGACCAUAAAGCUCUAUUUUGGUAUUGUCACUCCAAAUUACAGUGUGCCAGAAGCUGUGAGGCAUGUCAAGGUGUUGUCGGGCAUAUUGUAACCAGGCUUUUUUGUGGCAUUGGCGCAGUAAUGGCUUCUUUCUGGCAACUCGACCAUGCAGCUCAUUUCGUCAAGUAUCGUCGUAUUGUGCUCCUUGAAACAACUACACCAUCUUUUUCCAGAGCAGCCUAUAUUUCUCCUGAGGUUACCUGUGGGUUUUUCUUUGUAUCCCGAACAAUUCUUCUGGCAGUUGUGGCUGAAAUCUUUCUUGGUCUACCUGACCUUGGCUUGGUAUCAAGAGAUCCCUGAAUUUUCCACUUCUUGAUAAGUGAUUGAACAGUACUGACUGGUAUUUUCAAGGCUUUAGAUAUCUUUUUAUAUCCUUUUCCAUCUUUAUAAAGUUCCAUUACCUUGUUACGCAGGUCUUUUGACAGUUCUGCUCCCCAUGGCUCAGUAUCUAGCCUAAUCAGUGCAUCCACGUGAGAGCUAACAAACUCAUUGACUGUUUAUACACAGACACUAAUUGCAAUUUAAAAAGCCACAGGUGUGGGAAAUUAACCUUUUAAUUGCCAUUUAAACCUGUGUGUGUCUGUAACAAGGCCAAACAUUCAAGGGUAUGUAAACUUUUGAUCAGGGCCAUUUGGGUGAUUUCUGUUAUCAUUAUGAUUUAAAAAGGAGCCAAACAACUAUGUGAUAAUAAAUGGCUUCACAUGAUCACUAUCCUUAAGAAAAAUACUUUUCAAAAUCAAUGCCAAAAUUUCACAAUUUCUGCCAGGGUAUGCAAACUUUUGAUCACAACUGUAGAUACACACAUGAAGAGCAGUAGGCUAGCUAUAGUCUUUUCAAAUAUAUAUAUAUAUAUAUAUAUAUAUCAGCAACUAUAGUUGAAAAGACAGCUAGCCUUGCUCUUCAUGUCUUAUAUUGGGACAGUUCACCCUAAAAUGAAAAUGUUGUCAUCAUUUACAAUGAAAUUGAGUGACUGCAUCUCCUUUUGUGUUCUAUGGAAGAAAGAAUGUCAUACAGGUUUGGAAAUACACGAGGUGACAGAAUUUUCAUUUUUGGGUAAACCAUUCCUUUUAAUGAGUCAGUAUCUCUUUAUGAGACAUUCUUUAAUGAUCAUAGAAAAAAAAAGACAUUUCCUAUAAACACAAAUGUAUAUCGCCCAAAUAACUUUGGAGAAAUGUAGCUAGGCGAGACGCUAAGCAUUUAGCCUCCAUGCAAUUAAAUAACUAUGCUUUAACAGCAGUGGUGCCACUGUUGAGAUAGAAAAGAUCUGCUGAUCCAUUAUUUUACUCUAGAAGGAUUACAUCCAGUAAAAUGCUGUUGAAAACCGAAUCACGAAACCUUUCACAGUUUGAUUAACUUCAUAAACAACCUUGUAAAUAUCUUGCUGAUGAGUUUACAUACAAACAUAAAUUGUUUACUGCAAAAUUGACUCUCUCAUUUAGCGCAGGUUAGUAGAGGUGAUUAAUAUUAUAAUGCAUAGCUUGUAGUGUAAAUGCCAGAUCCCAAGCUGAGUGUAAGCUUUAUUUAUAGCAGCGUGAGUGACCCUUCUUAGCCAGGUUCUAUGCUACAAGUGCAUCAGACUGAAGCCACUGUUUCCAAUGGUGACUGGCUCCUUGCCAAUGGCCGAUGCAACACGCAGGUUUUCUACAGCCAAGUGAACCUUGUUGCCCGAUACUAGCUCACGCUCUUACAGCCAAGGCUUGAUUUAUAUGGUUAAAGACUCUGGUUGAAGGAUACUGGGUAUAUAGCAGUUUAAAUUUAAAAUGGUUUGUCAUGUUGCAAGUGAACAAGAUGUUUAUAGGACAGUUACAGUACAUUUUAAUUUGCAGUACAUUGUUUUGUACUGAGGCAAUGUGGGCCAAAAAAUAUUUGGACUACUGGAACACUGGUUAUUACUGUCUGUUUUCUUAAAAGGCAUGCAUUAUGAUGGGGAUUGUUGCAUUGCAGUUUAGUGCACACCAGAUUUACACUUCAAAUUCAUUAAUAAAUGUAUCAGCUUUUAUUUUCUAUGCAA